GGGGACAGCGGGGCGGGGACAGCCGAGCGCGGGGAAGGCGCCUGCCCUCGCCUCUCGCUGCCGCUUGCCCGCCUCGCCCCGCCGUCAGUCCUCACCCUCCAAUCCCUCCCCUCAUGGCGGUGCAGAGCGCGGGCGCCAGCCCCUCCCACCGCCUGCUCCGGCCUCCCCCCCCUCUUCGUCCGCGCGCAGCAGCCGCGGGGCUCCUCCCGACGGGGGCGUGAGGGGCGGCGGCCGCAGAAACCUACCAUUGGAAGUAUUUAAGAAGCGAAUGCCUCUGGAUUUUGGAACAAAUUGUGAGUUUAUGUGGAAGAGAUGCUGUGGCUGUUGUCAAGCUCUGUGACAAACUAACUUCAAUGUUUCAGUAUUGCAUCACCUUGUGUUGAGUAACAGGAGCUCUACUGUUCAUUGAUCAAUGUGACAGUCCCCAGCAGUUUACGAGAUGAGCCAAGCCCGUGGGAGAUAUGACUUCUGCAUUGGGCUGGUGUUGGCUAUGAGCUCCAGCAUCUUCAUUGGAGGGAGUUUCAUCCUGAAAAAGAAAGGCCUUCUCCGAUUAGCUAGGAAGGGCUCCAUGAGAGCAGGUCAAGGCGGUCAUGCGUACCUUAAGGAGUGGCUGUGGUGGGCAGGACUUCUUUCAAUGGGAGCGGGCGAAGUAGCUAACUUUGCUGCCUAUGCUUUUGCACCAGCUACAUUAGUGACUCCUCUAGGAGCUCUCAGUGUUCUUGUAAGUGCCAUUCUGUCAUCCUUCUUUUUAAAUGAAAAACUGAAUCUACAUGGAAAAAUAGGGUGUUUGCUAAGUAUACUUGGAUCAACCGUGAUGGUAAUUCAUGCUCCACAAGAGGAAGAAGUAGAAACUUUAGAUGAAAUGUCCAACAAACUACGUGAUCCAGAUGGCCUGUGUCUGCUUCAUGUUGUCACGGUGGAGUGGAGAUGUAGGUUCUGCACUGUGAUUCCAUAGGGAGUCUUCAUGCUGAUAGAGUGGCGAAGGUUUUGUGGUCUUCGCAACACUUGUUGUCAUUGUGUCUUUAAUUCUAAUAGUUGUGGUGGGACCUCGCCAUGGACAGACCAACAUUCUUGUGUACAUCACAAUUUGCUCUGUGAUUGGAGCACUAUCAGUCUCCUGUGUAAAAGGUCUGGGCAUUGCUAUAAAGGAACUUUUUGCAGGAAAACCAGUGCUGAAACGUCCGUUGUCUUGGAUUCUGCUGCUAAGCCUUAUUGUCUGCGUGAGCACGCAGAUCAACUACUUGAACAGGGCUCUGGAUAUAUUCAACACUUCAAUAGUGACUCCAAUCUACUAUGUAAUCUUUACGACAUCUGUUUUAACUUGUUCUGCUAUCCUGUUCAAGGAAUGGCAACACAUGGCGGCUGAUGAUAUUAUUGGCACCUUCAGUGGCUUCCUUACUAUUAUCGUGGGGAUCUUUUUAUUGCAUGCCUUCAAAGAUGUUAAUUUCACCCUAGCAAAUUUGCCCGUUUCCUUGCGGAAAGAUGAUAGAGCAGCAAACGGGUCUUUGCUGAGCACGUAUGACUGCUUUAAUCACGAUGAAGAAAGUUCUACCUGUGUAAGUGAAAUACAAUCCACGGAGAGUCUCUCAGCCAGGAGAAAUGGAAGUCUGUCAGCCUACUGAAAGCAUCCACUUGUUAAAUAAGAGAAGAACAAUUCUGUAACUCCGGAUUUUUUUUUUUCCUGCUGUGAAAUGUCUGAGCUUGUCUGGAACCUCACCUACUUCUUAACAGUGUGGAUAGACAAUCUUUAAGUUCGAUUAGUUUGGAUCACAGACACCGAGGGGGUUUUGAUUUGCCUUAUUUUUACUUUACAAAAAUACUAAAAUGACCUCAGACCACAGUUGGUGUUGUUGCUUAAGUUAUGUAAAUACUUUCAUUUCCCUCUUCUGUUCCAAGAUGUAUUGCACUAAUGACAAUUUUAUCCAAAAUAAAUGGCUUUAUUUCUGCAUUGGUGGUAAACAGA